ACUCCUCCUCACGUGCCUACGAAGCGGCAAUAUGGCCGCCGCCUGAGAGCGACGCUAAAGUCUAGCGAGGAGCUUCCAGCAGUGCGCCGCACGCUGAGCACGCGAGACAGGAGGAGAAGAGAAGCCGCUUUUGAGGGCCUGAGGCAAACAAGAAGGUGACGGCUCACUGGUGCCUUAUUGACUGAUGCUGCAUGCUUCUAAGCAUGGCAAGUGAAGAUGAUGACCCAGUGGUACAAGAGAUUGAUGUUUACUUGGCGAAAAGCCUUGCAGAGAAGCUCUACUUAUUCCAGUACCCAGUGCGACCUUCUAUGAUGACCUAUGAUGAUGUCACUCAUCUGUCUGCCAAAAUCAAGCCCAAGCAGCAGAAGGUGGAGAUCGAGAUGGCUAUGGACACUAUGAAUCCAAAUUACUGCCGCAGCAAAGGAGAGCAGAUCGCCUUAAACGUGGAUGGGACUGGCAUGGAGGAAGGCAACACCUACUCCACGAAACUCAUGGACAAACAAGUGUUUUCUUCAAUUCAAGCCACCACCAGCACCUCCCGCUAUGCAGCAGCCAUUUUUAAGAAGGGGGAGCUCCAUGUCACUCCACUGCAUGGCAUUCUGCAGCUGAGGCCAAGCUUCUCGUAUCUAGACAAGGCCGACUCCAAACACAGAGAGAGGGAGGCUGCAAAUGAAGGUGGGGACUCCUCUCAAGAUGAGGCAGAAGAAGAUGUCAAGCAGAUCACUGUGCGCUUUUCCCGGCCAGAGACUGAGCAGGCACGGCAGAGGCGAAUUCAGUCGUAUGAGUUUCUGCAGAAGAAACAAGCAGAAGAACCCUGGGUCCACCUACAUUACUAUGGGCUAAAGGACAGCCGGUCUGAACAUGAACGCCAGUACCUCCUCUGCCAGUCCACAGAGAUGGUAGAAAACACAGACCUAGUCAAAUCUCCAAGUGAGUACUUGGCAAUGCUGAUGCCCUCUGCUGUGGAGGAGGAGGUAGAGAAGCCAGUAGUGCCCAGUAAUGUGUUAUCGAUGGCACAGCUAAGAACGUUGCCUCUUGGUGACCAAGUGAGGACCGUCAUGAAGAAUGUGAAAAUCCUACCAUUUGCCAAUCUUAUGGGUCUCCUCAGCUCUGGUACAGAUUCUACUUCAGUAUUGCGGUGCAUCCAGCAAGUGGCGAUGCUCGUCCAAGGGAACUGGGUGGUAAAGAGUGAUGUUCUUUACCCCAAAGACACCUGCAGCCCCCACAGUGGUGUGCCAUCUGAGGUCCUGUGUCGUGGGAGAGAUUAUGUGAUGUGGAGGUUCACACAGGACAGAUGGGUGGUGAGGAAAGAUGUCUCUACCGUCACUAAGUUACCUCCUGAGGAUGUGAAGGAUUUCCUGGAGCAGAUCUCCGUUCCACGAGUGAAUCGCGGUUGGGAGUUCCUCCUGCCAGCGGACACAGAAUUUGUCAGGAAACACCCAGACGUGGCACAGAGGCAGCACAUGUUGUGGCUUGGAAUCCAAGCCAAAUUAGAAAAGGUGUUCCAUCUCUCCAAAGAAGACAUGAUGCCAAAGAAGAUGCAGGACGCCCCACGAGGAAUGGCUGUGGUGAGUGGGGAGCAGCGCGUCAAUGUGGCGAGAGCAAAGGUGCAGGAGAACUACAACGCCAUGGAGAAGGAGCUGCUUUCUCGGAGGAGUGGAGUCAUAGAAGGAAAUGUGAAGAUCAAAGAAGAACCCCUGAGUGACGGGGAGGAGGCUAUGGAUGUCUCAGGGAUGAAUGGCUCUCUCAAUGGCAUGCAUACUGAUGACAGCAUGCGGGACUCUCUGAAUGGUUAUUACCCUCCGGGUACCCCACGGGGCAGUGCCCCUCCCAUGCAGGAACUGCGGGACUUUGUCAGCAGCAUCUUUAGGAAGCACUUUGUCUUAACGUUGAGCGAACUCAAGAGGCUCUUCAACCUGCACCUGGCCAGUCUGCCCCCAGGGCACAGCCUGUUCAGCAGCAUUUCGGACCGCUUGCUGCAGGAGGUGGUGCUCGACAGCAACUGCAAGCAGAUUCUGGUGCCGUUCCCACCACAGUCUCCUGCCACAGCUGAUGAGCAAAAAGUGUUUGCGAUAUGGGAGACGGGGGAUCCGCUUGACCAGCAUCGGCAGCUGCUGCUGGAGAUCUUCAUGAAGAACUACCGGGUCCGGCGCAAUAUCAUUCAGAAUAAGCUGACCCAGGAGUUUGGCGACAGCGUUACAAAGUCUGACAUUGACCGACUGCUCAAGGAGUGCUGCAUGUGCUACGGGGCAAUGUGGUAUCUCAAGGGGACGGUGCCAUCCUGACAGUAGUGCUGAGGAGGGGGGUCCGGGAGCCACAUGGGAGGCGUCUUUCUCUCAAGGACUUUGGCUGAUCGGCACACUGGGGAGCGAAGAACCAGGCUGGGUGAUCGGGCCAGCCUCCUGUCCACACAAACUGUGUCAUUGGAGCAAGCGAAACCGACUCCGAGACCACCAGGGUCUGCCAACAAAUUCAAAAAUGAAUUGAGAGGAGGAGAAUUUUUUAAAUGAUGGAUUGCUGAGGAUUUGUAAGUGGAAGGGUUGUGGUUAAGCAACAUUCUUAAUGUUUUUGUUUUGUAGCUUGUUACUUUUUAAAAUGAUGAUGAUGAUGAUAAUCUGUAGAGUAUAUGCUGUCCACCCAGUUGGUGGUCCAUGUCUGGUGUGGCCAUGGCCAAAGCUGCUUUCUCCAGGCACAGUGUCGACUCUUAAAUGGUUGAAAUGUUGAAUUUUCUAGAAGUUCCUGCUUAUAUGGAAUUACAGCCAUUGGGCAUUAAGGGGAUUUUGCGGUUGCCUCCUAGACAAAGUCCAUUUAUCACGGUCAUAUAGACCCCGUUGGAAGUCGUAUUGGUGCUGCCUUGAUUUAAAAUCUGGUGAAGGGCACCUCAGGAAAUGUGUCCAUUGCUUACCACGCAGAGGAUGAUAAUGAUGAACUUUAAAAGUGAAGUGCAAAUAAAGACUUGCAAAGAGUUUA